CACGAGCUUGCUUGCAGAGUGUCUGGCGGUGUGGCGAGUGCGGUCCGACUGUGGUUGUGUUGCAGGUCUACUUGUGUUCACAGCGACACGCUCCAGGCGCCUUUCUCGUCUUGACCGUUGUGGAGCGAUGGGAAUUUGGGAGAAAUGGCUCUGAAACACACCGGCCGAGCGCUGCUGGCCCUUCUGGGGCUACUGGCCGUCGCCAAUGCUCUGCGUUGUAACUGCACAACAUGUGAGAAGACAGGCUAUGAGUGCGAGACAGAUGGCGCCUGCAUGGCCUCCACGUACACCAUUCAGGGGAAGGAGCAACAUGUACGCAUCUGCAUCAAACGGGAUAACUUGGUUCCGCCCGGGCAACCUUUCUACUGUCUGAGCGCUGAGGGUCUACUCAACACUCAUUGCUGCUAUGUGGAUUACUGCAACAGUAUAGACCUGAAAGUUCCUGUUCCCACAAAGGAGGACCUUUCAGGCUUGGGCAGCUCUUGGGGCCCGGUGGAGCUAGUGGCAGUCAUUGCGGGGCCCGUCUUUCUGCUCUGUGUGCUGUUGAUGGUUGGCGUUUUCCUGUUCCAGUAUCAUCAGAGGGCCUACAGUCACAGGCAGAGGCUGGAGGUAGAGGACCCAUCCUGUGACCAUCUGUACUUGGCCAAGGACAAGACCCUGCAGGACCUCAUCUAUGACAUGUCUACCUCCGGAUCAGGCUCUGGUCUGCCCCUGUUUGUGCAGCGCACUGUGGCCAGGACUAUUGUGCUGCAGGAAAUUAUAGGAAAGGGUCGUUUUGGAGAGGUUUGGAGAGGCAAGUGGCGUGGAGGGGACGUGGCGGUGAAGAUCUUCUCAUCCAGAGAGGAACGCUCGUGGUUCAGAGAAGCUGAGAUCUAUCAGACAAUAAUGCUGCGCCAUGAAAACAUCCUGGGAUUCAUUGCAGCAGACAAUAAAGACAACGGCACAUGGACACAGCUGUGGCUGGUGUCGGACUACCACGAGCACGGCUCGCUUUUUGACUACCUGAACCGCUACUCGGUCACCAUCGAGGGCAUGAUCAAGCUGGCACUGUCGGCUGCCAGUGGACUGGCACAUCUGCACAUGGAGAUCCUCGGCACUCAGGGUAAGCCUGGCAUCGCUCACCGUGACCUCAAGUCUAAAAAUAUCCUGGUCAAGAAAAACGGCAUGUGCGCCAUCGCGGACCUUGGUCUGGCUGUACGGCAUGAGUCUAUCACAGACACGAUCGAUAUUGCUCCUAACCAACGUGUGGGCACCAAGAGAUACAUGGCUCCUGAAGUGUUGGACGAAACCAUCAACAUGAAGCACUUUGACUCCUUCAAGUGCGCCGACAUCUACGCACUGGGCCUGGUGUACUGGGAGAUAGCACGUCGCUGCAAUGCAGGAGGUAUCCACGAGGAGUACCAACUGCCCUACUACGACCUGGUGCCCUCUGACCCCUCCAUAGAGGAGAUGAGGAAGGUGGUAUGUGACCAGAAGCUGCGGCCCAAUGUACCCAACUGGUGGCAGAGCUACGAGUCUCUGCGCGUGAUGGGCAAGAUCAUGAGGGAGUGCUGGUACUCCAAUGGGGCGGCCCGACUGACGGCGUUGCGCAUCAAGAAGACUCUGUCGCAGCUCAGCGUGGAGGAGGACAUCAAGAUGUGAGCGGAAACGCACAACUAAACCGCGCCCCUUCCCCACUGCCCUCCUCGCUCCCCCCUCCCUACCAGGGAAGAAACACUCAAGCCAGACUGCAAAUGCAAGAAGCCCUGCCAGUUUUUGAAGCCACACUCUGAGUUGUGACAAGGCCUACCUCACCUUUUAGCCAAAACUACUGAGACUACGCCCUAGUCCUCCUCCACCUUGUCAUCCUCGUGUCAACCUCGCCGUCUUCACUACCACUGUUAAUAUCAUCUCACUCCACCUGUCUUACUUCCAUUUCCUACGGCAGGAACUACUACUGCAGAGGGCCGCUUUCUUUCCUCCUUUUAUUUCACAUGGCUCUCCAGCAGCAGGUUUCAAUCAUCUUCAUGGCUGUGAAUGUUUAAAGACACUAAUCUUGUAGUCCGGCGUGAUAGGACUACAAACAUGGCGGCUCGCUCUAGCAAUCUGACUCAAACUCCAAUUGUGAGAGUUUUUUAGUUUCCUUUGUGAGUCCUGCAGGUAACCACUGGACUACACACACACACACACACACACACACACUGUCCACUUCCUGGCAGGAAACAUUUAAGUUAAGUUAAAGUUAAAGUACCAAUGAUUGUCACACACACACUAGGUGUGGUGAAAUUUGUCAAACAUGUUUGGGAUGUUAAUUUAUUUGACUUUGCGUUACUUCAUGCGGAUGAACACUGAGAUGAAAGUGGAAAGGAGCGGUGUAAUCAGAGCCGGUUUAAAUGUUUUUUUUUUUUUAUAUGUAUACAGUAUAUAUAUAUAUAUAU